AUGAAACUGGCUGAUGACGUCAGUGCAACGGAGUCGGCUUCUUUCGAUCAAACACGCCAAUUCAACCCUUCUCAACAGCCAAUUCAUUCCAAUGAUCCCGAUGCAGAUGUGAAGAAGAAAAUUGUGCUUUUCAACCUCCCAGAACCGUUUGGUGAUGAUCAGAUGAAAGAGCAAGCCGAUCGGAAUGCUUUUCGUCAAGUUUUAUGUGCGAUCAACGCGGAAAGUCUGGCUGGAAAUAUUCGUGAGAUCAAACGAGAAGGACGAUUUGAACAAAAUGGAAGACCUCGUCGUGUAAUUGUGACAUUUACCGAUGAAAAUGUGCAACGAAUCGUUGUCGAAUGUGCGCCGCAACUCUCAAAGAUUCGUCAACUGAAACAUCUAGCGCUUUAUGCUUACAAAUCACCGGCACAACGAUUCGAACCACUUCCGAAACAACAAACGAAACGUCACAACAACAAAGCACGGCCGCCCAGAGCGGAUGGGUGUCACGGUGACACUUCUCGGAAGGCUCCCGAUCAAAAGUUCGAGCAAAGAGGUCAUAAACAACACGGAAAACCUUCGAACGUGCAAUCCAAUGAUGUGAACCCAAAAUAUCCACAACGAAUCUUCCACAACUCUUUCAGAUUUGGACCCAAUGGCGCUAUGUCAGAUGAUGCUAAUUCUCAAUUUCCUCACACUUCACCGGUGCCGAUGGAAACUGAUGACAUUGAGCUUGAAGCACCGACUUUGCCCGAACAACAGGCAAAUUUUAAGCGAUUAAAUUUCCCGGAAGAAAUGGAAGAAAUGGAUGCUUCAAAUGGAGUUCAAAGGAAAAACGAUUGCAAUCAACACUUUGAUACUCCACUCGCCAGAAAAUUUGACUCUGAUCAACGAAACGCUGUCGAUUCGCUCAACGGAGACCAAGAUACGAAUUUGAUUCGUGAAGCCCAACUGAACGCCCACAAUAUCAACGCCCGUCUACAAGAUCUAUCACCCGAACAACAAGAACUCUAUUUGAAAACUUUAAGCAAGAAUUUGUGGAGAGAAGACAAACAAGAUGAGAACACAAUUGAAGAGAACACAAUUGCUGCUGAUAUUUACGAAGACAACAAUUCAAGAAAACUUUUUGGAACUUCUCAAAUCUCUCGGAAAACCAACAUUGACCGGAAAUUUGAAGAUCAAGAUGUCGUCUCAGCUGCAAAACCGAAAUUCUCCUUUAGCUCCUCAAGCGCUUCAUUUCACGAGUGCCAAACAAACGUACAACAACUUGGCAGGCAAUUUGAAAAAGCUGUUGAAUCUGAAAGGGAAAAGGAGAAUGAAGCAGUUGCGAAGCUCGAAGAUCCACUAAUCACUACAAUUCGUUUGAGCUUGUCUGCUCAGCGAUAUUCAUCGAGAUUGUUGGAUCACGCUGCACGAGCUCGCCCACACAACACCUCGGACACGCUGUCAAUCAAUGAGACUCGGACUUGGAUCUAUCAGUUAAUCGAUCCAAUUCUCAAAGCUUGUACAAUGAUCCAGAGAAACUUGCAACAACUGGACUGGCAGAAGAAAGAGCUGAUGCAAGCCGAGAGCAAUGUUGAAGAAUUGCGGAGAUUGGCGACGAUUCGAGUGACUUCAAUAGAAAUCUUACAGCUAUCGAUGCCCCAAACCGUUUGUCGGAGUCAAAAAUGUGCAAGGUAUGAAAGGAUUGAUGGAAAAGAAGCGUUGAUCUACAGGGUUUGCCACAAAGAUUGCAAACUAAGCGAUAUUGGAAAACUAGACGGAUGUGCAGUCUUUCAUGGUUGCAGGUUCUGCACUGAAUGCUCCUGUCACAUAAAUGAUCACGAGCGAAUCUCGUACGAACAACGAAUGACUACAAAAUCUCUGGAAAACCCACAAAAACUCGCCUCAGAAGCGAAUGCGGCCGAGAUGAAGAAAAUCUCCAUUCGAAAUAUGCAGCGACUCAUCGAUGGAUAUCAAAAAGAAUCCAACUACAUUCUAUUUGCAAUGGCAACUUUUUCAGCGUUCCUUGCUGAGAAUGGGAUCACUCAGAAAACAAAUCUUUUUGAACAACACUUACAGAAACUGAUUGUUGCCGAAGAAAAGAAAAUGAAAAGCGUAGCUGGGGUGGAUGCGGAUGAAUUCAAUCGAUUGCUCGAACUCAGUGUGACUUAUGAAGAUAUUUGCAAACAAUUUGUUCAUCAACGAGACACGGCAAAGAUCUCACUUGAUGAGCUGCAAGAAAUUCGACAAAAGUUAUUCUCUAUGCCGCUGAAUGGCGCAAUGAUUGCACAGAUUUUCGAUAUUCAUGUGAAGACCGAUCAUCAGGACUAUGAGGCAACUGUGGCACGCUGCGAGAAAUCGAUGUUUCAG